CAAAUUGUCUCAAGUUUUACGCAGGCCUCUCAAAGUUUCGACAUCAACGGGGACACAGCCAAGGGAAUUUUGCAGCUGUAAUUGUGCGCCUAUCGAAAUGGCACCAGGUGCCUCUCUCAAGACCCUGUACCUUGGCAUUCUGCUUUUCUCGGCCAUCGAAGCUGCCAGAGUCAAGCGUCAAGCGGUAGGUAACUCCGCCUGUCAACCUAUACCUGCCCCCAAUAACGGAAAGAUCAACUGUGCCAGCAGCCCCGAUGGAUUUGACUUUGUCUGCACUGCUACCUGCAACACAGGAUUCCAGUUCAAGACAAACGAGGCUUCUGUAGAAAGAUCAUGUGACAACUUUGAUGGAAACUGGUUUGACGGGAAGGAUGUCCCCGAGUGUCAGCCUGUGUGCUCACCGGGGUGUCUGAACGGUGGAUCGUGCAAGGAGCCUAAUAAGUGCGCAUGCAUAGACGGAUGGCGAGGAACACACUGCCAGCACCAUGCUAGUCUCUGCGUGAAGCCCGCUGGUCCCAUGUUCGGCAGCAUCCAGUGCAAGGCCGACAGUACCGCUACUGUCUGCACUGUGGGAUGUGCACCCACCUUCAAGUUCAAGACGCCCCCUGCUGCCGAGUACAGGUGCACUGCUGAUGGCACAUGGAGUCCCCCGAAGGAGAGCAUCCCAGACUGUGUGCAAGAACAAGUUGUUGCCCCAUCUGUCCAGCCAACUGGUAGCUUAAUCCACCCCGAGGUCAACGGUGACGCCACCUGCGUUGCAUGGGGCCAGGAUCACUACAGGACAUUCGACAACAAGAUGUACACAUUCCAGGGCAACUGCCACUACCUCCUCGCUAAGGACUGCGCCUUCAACACCUUUGACAUCCACGUCAUCAACGACGGGAACUGCACGGUCGGAAAACAAUGCAAGAGGGAACUUGACAUCUAUAUGGGUGCAACGAAAAUCAGCUUGCGUCAAGGCCUAGGUGCUGAUGGACCCGAGGUCACGUGGAAUGAUGCCCCUGUGAAAGUCCCCGGCGCACAUGACGGUGUUGUGUAUGAACUGGUCGGCUCCUAUAUCACCAUCAAAAGUGGACUUGGCUUUAAGGUCAAAUGGGACGGGAAGGAGUCCAUCUUCGUUCAGGUAGCGGAUGAUCUGAAGGGCAAGACGUGUGGUCUGUGUGGCCGUUACGAUGGUGACCCCAACAACGACUUCGAGACAGACGCCGGCAAAGUUGUCACAUCUGCCGCUAGUUUCGCCACAAGUUGGAAGAAGGAACUUCUUGAUGGAUCCUCAUGUCCCGACGUCUCCCAACAUGGCGUGUGCAAGAUGGACACCCCCCAAAACAGCCAGAAGGCCCUCAAGGCAUCCUCUAUCUGCCAGCAGCUGCUGACAGAUGGCUCCUUCGCUGCCUGCCAUGCUCUUGUGGAUGUGAACCCCUACAUCGAGGCUUGCAAGACCGACUGCUGCAAUGGUGAUGCCAACAGCUGCAUGUGCAACACCUUCGAGGCCUACUCAAGGGAAUGCAUGUCAAAGAAGGUCAAACUCUCCUGGAGAAAGCCAGACAGAUGCCCUGUGGUGUGUCAGCGAAACCUGAUCUUCAAGGAAUGUGGUAGCCCCUGUCAGAAGAGGUGUCAGGACACAAGUGCCACCUGCAAUGAAGACGCAUGUGUUGAUGGCUGCUUCUGUCCCGACAGUACCGUCCUCCACAACGGCGAGUGCAUCCCUGCUGACACCUGCCCCUGUGAGAGCAAUGGUCAUGAGUUCAACCAAGGAGCAACCAUCCCCAGGGACUGCAACACAUGCACAUGCUAUGGUGGCAAGUGGAACUGUACUACCAAGAAAUGUGAAGCUACCUGUUCUGCCACUGGAGAUCCUCACUACAUGACGUUCGAUGGUUUCCGCUACAACUUCAUGGGUACCUGCAGCUACUACCUCAUCUACGACCCAAACUUCGACAUCAUCGUUGACAACAUUAAAUGUGGACAUGGCGAGGCAUCAUGCACGAAAUCUGUCACCCUUGAUGUCAAUGGAAUGAACAUCAAGCUUGACCACAACCACCAGCUCUUUGUGAAUGGGAAGGAAAUCACCAAACUUCCAUACAAGGCUGAGGGAAUCAAGAUCUUUAUGGUGUCUUCUCUCUUCAUGCAGGCUGAGCUGGAUAAUGGCAUCAAGAUCCUCUGGGACGGGCGUACUCGUGCCUACAUCACCGCCCCUCCAUCCUUCAUGAAGAAGACCAAGGGUCUCUGCGGCUACUUUGACGGCAACCAGAACAAUGACUUCCUCACAAAGGAAGGUGACAUAGAGACCAAUGUCAACGCCUUUGGUAACCGCUGGAAGACUGAGGCCACGUGUCGUGACAUGCCUACGACCCCUCAGGCCCACCCCUGUGACCUGAACGCUCAGAGGAAAGCCAAGGCUGUGACUGAAUGCCAGAAGCUUAAGAGUGACACUUUCAAGGAAUGUCAUGAUGUUGUGGAUGUCGACCAGUUCUAUGACGAUUGUUUGUAUGACACAUGUGCUUGCACCGAUAACCUCAAAGACUGCAUGUGCCCCAACUUCGGCGAAUACGCCGACACCUGUGCUUCUAAGGGCAUCAAGAUCAACUGGCGUUCUGAAAUUACCGAGUGUGCACUGGUGUGUACCGGCGGUCAGGAGUAUCAAGUCUGUGGCAGCCCCUGCGCCAGAACCUGCCGAAACAUUGCCGAGAACGAGGCCUGUCAGGAGAGAUGCGUGGAAGGAUGCAACUGUCCCGCAGGCGAGUCACUGAACAACGAUGGCGAGUGUGUCAGCAUUACACAGUGUCCUUGCAUUUUUGACGAGAGGGAAUAUGCUGCUGGAUACACCACCAUCAAGGGAGAUGAACUCUGUGAAUGCGUUGGUGCCAAAUGGCACUGUCAGAACCUUCACGGCAAAGACGGAUCCACACCCCUGCCCACCACAAAGCCUAUCCAGUCUCUCUGUGAGGAGAACAAGGAGUACACAACCUGCGUCUCUGCAUGCCCCGUCACAUGCGACAACGUGCACGACCCACCCACGUGCACCACGAGCAACUGUGAGCCUGGCUGUGUAUGUAAACCAGGGUUUGUAAAGGAGGGUGACCGAUGUGUGGAGUCCAACCAGUGCCCAUGUCACCAUGGAGGGAAGGCUUACUUCGAGGACGAUAAGAUCGUAAUGGACUGUAAUGAAUGCACAUGCAAGAGUCGCAAGUGGGAAUGUGAGAUGAAGGACUGUCCCGCCAUCUGCAGCACAUACGGUGACUCCCAUUACAGGACCUUUGACGGGAAGCCAUUUGAGUUCCAAGGUAACUGCGACUAUGUCCUUGCCAAAUCUACAGAUACCAAUGGCGUCAAGUUCCUGAUCACCACUGAGAACAUCCCUUGUGGCACCAGUGGUGUAACUUGCACCAAGGCAAUAGAGUUUUCUGUGGGUGAGCCUGGCUCUGCUAACUUCUACCGCCUUGAUCUUGUUCGUGGUAAACCAGUCACGACAGAGCCGGGGUCACCUUUCGACAUCAAGGACGUUGGCAACUUUAUCUACAUUAACACCACAUUAGGGAUCGCCAUGCAGUGGGACAAAGGAACAACCCUUUACAUCAGGCUUAGCACACCACACAGGAAUAAGGUUGUUGGUCUAUGUGGUAACUUCAAUGGCGAUCAAAAGGAUGACUUCCAAAUGCCCCAAGGAGGUCCUCCCGCCGUCAAGGCCACAACUUUUGGCGACUCCUGGAAGGUCCAUGACUACUGCGCACCCUCAACUGUCAUCACUGACACUUGUGAGGCAGCUCCUCACCGCAAACCGUGGGCUCAGAAGAAAUGUGGCAUCAUGCAGUCUGACCUGUUUGAGCCCUGUCACCAUGUCGUAGCCUACCAGGCUUACAUGGACAAAUGCAUAUUUGAUGCCUGUGCUUGUGACCUAGGAGGCGACUGUGAAUGUCUCUGUACUGCUAUUGCCGCUUAUGCCCAUGAAUGCGCUGUCAAAGGAGUGCCCAUCAGAUGGAGGAGCAAUGAACUUUGUGCCAUUGAAUGCACCGACUGCUUCACCUACAACCCCUGUAUUUCUACCUGCCCAAAGAAGACUUGCGACAACCGUCUUGUGUAUGACCAACUGACACGGGACUGCAAGCAGGACCUGUGUUUCGAGGGUUGUGAUGCCCAGGCCUGCCUCCCAGGACAGGUGUACGACAAUAACGUCUCACCAAUGAAGUGCAUCCCAGAGCCUUUCUGUAACACCACAGCCUGUGUCCUUAACGGAAGAGCAUACAUAGAGGGAGACAGGAUCACCGAUGAGACCAUUUGUAGAUCUGAGUGUGAGAUCUGUACUUGUACCAAUGGGGAACUGAAGAGAAUGGGCUACUGCACGGGAAGUACACCAUUUGUCUCAACCCCUUCUGUCAUACCUACGGCUCAACCAACAGUCUCCCCAACUAUACACACAGUUUCCUCCGAAACCGCAACGCCCUAUGCAACUACAGCAAUACCCCCUGCCUGUCUGAGUACUGGUUGGACCUCCUGGAUGAGUUACUCUGUGCCUACACCAGCCAAUAUCGGAGACAUUGAGACCAUCACUGGUCUUAGGAAGUCAUAUUCCUUCUGUGACCAUUCUAUGAUGAGUGCCAUUGAAUGUCGCGUCGUUGGCCAGAACACCAAGGCCGAAAUGUCUGGCCAGAAGGUCACAUGCAAUCUGCGAGAGGGACUUAAAUGCUACCAUAAAGACCAGCCCAGCGGACUCUGCCUCGACUUUGAAGUUCGAUAUUACUGUGACUGUUCAGCAGCGCCAUCUGCCAGUCCAGUGUUUCCAGGACAAAGUGGUAAGCCAACAGCUAGUCCAAGUGCAGGAGAGAAUGGUGUUCCCACGUCUGGCCCAGGACUUCCAGGACAAAGUGGUCAGCCAACAGCCAGCCCAAGUGCAGGACAGAGUGGUGUUCCUACGUCUGGCCCAGGACUUCCAGGAAAAAGUGGUCUGCCAACAGCAAGUCCAAUUCCUGGAGAGAGUGGUCAACCAACAGCCAGUCCAAGUGCAGGACAGAGUGGUGUACCCACGUCAAUCCCAGCACUUCCAGGACAAAGUGGUCAGCCAACAGCCAGCCUAAGUGCAGGACAGAGUGGUCUACCAACAGCCAGUCCAAGCGCCGGUAAGAGUGGUGUACCCACGUCCAGCCCAAGCCUUCCAGGACAAAGUGGUCUGCCAACAGCAAGUCCAAGUGCAGGACAGAGUGGUCAACCAACGGCGAGUCCGAAUGUAGGGCAGAGUGGUCUUCCCACCAGCAGUGUAAUGACAAAAGCUCCUUACAGUUGUACUGAAGGCUGGUCAGCCUGGAUGAACACUGAUCGACCUACCAUCAGCCACAGCUUUGAAUUUGAAGGAGACGGUGAUCAUGAAGACCUUGAUGCACUUAGAUAUUACUACAGCUUCUGUUCACAACUAUCUAGUGUACAGUGCAGGAGUGCCACUACCGGCCAAAUGUACCACAUGACAGCUGAUGUAGGAACAGAAUGCAACAUCAAGCAGGGCUUCUCAUGUGCUAACGACAAACAAGCUGCAGGCAUAUGUGAUGACUAUGAAAUCAGCGUUUUCUGUGACUGUGGCCAAAAUCCAACUGCAGUACCAACCGCUAAGCCAACACUAGCCCCAGGGUAUACAACUCCUAAACCCGGACAGCCUUUUGAGUCAAUUCCGUCGUGUAUGUGGACACAGUGGAUGAAUUCCUUUGAGAAGAAACCAGGGACUGAUGGUGACUUUGAAACAAUGAGCAGCCUACGCCUGAAAUAUCCAUUCUGUGCCCAGCCAGUAGCCAUACAAUGUAGAGUGAAACCCACAUCUGAAAAUCCAAAGGAAAUAUCAUAUGAAAAAUCUGGUGGAAUGGGUGUUUCCUGCAACUUGAACAGAGGUCUUGUAUGUGUAGAUUCCAUGCAACCUAAUGGAAAGAAAUGUUUAGAUUAUGAAGUGAGGUUAUACUGUACAGAUGCUUGUCCGUCCACUGUUGCCCCAGAGGGAACACCUACCGCUGAACCUCCUAAGAGUGAAACAGGUUUCCCAACAGCCAGUCCAGGUCUUCCAGGAAAGAGUGGUCUUCCUACAGCCAGUCCAGGUGUUACAGGAGGAAAGAGCGGUCAACCAACAGCGAGCCCAAGUGCAGGACAGGGUGGUCUUCCCACAGCCAGUCCAGGUGUUAUAGGAAAGGGGGGUCUUCCCACAGCGAGUCCAAGUGCAGGACAGAGUGGUCUUCCAACAGCUACUCCAGGUAUAGGGGAAAGUGGUCAGCCAACAGCCGGGCCAGGUAUUACAGGAAAGAGCGGUCAACCAACAGCCAUUCCAAGUGCAGGACAGAGUGGUCUUCCCACAGCCAGCCCCGGUGUUACAGGACAAAGCGGUCAACCAACAGCCAGUCCAAGUGCAGGACAGAGUGGUCUUCCAACAGCCAGUCCAUCCGGUAUACAAGGAGGCACCCCAACAGCCUCUCUGCAGAUUUGUAAAGAGGGGUGGACAGGGUGGAUCAACUCUGAUAAACCUACAGUUGGCAAUGGCGAUGUUGAAACUGUCAGUGGAAUUGCUGGGUAUCCAAAAACAUGCAUGAAGGUUCUUUCAGCUGAAUGUAGAGUUGCCGAAACUAAAGCUGACUAUAGAUCUACUGGACAGCAGGUUAACUGUGAUAGCUACGGGCUUGAAUGUAUCAAUGGAGAAAAUCAACAAUGUGCAGAUUAUGAAGUUCGAUUCUAUUGUUUCUGUGGAGAAGAGACAACUCCAGGUGAAGUGCCUUCGGUUACUCCAACUGCACGCCCCUCCGUAUCCCCAGUAGCUGGAAUCAGUGGGCAGCCAGAGACCAUUGUCUGCAACCAUGGCUGGACAUCCAUGAUGAAUGAGGCACGCCCUGGAGAUUCAGAUGGGGGAGACCUGGAGACCAUUGACAAGCUGAGAAAGUCAAACAAGUUCUGUGACGAGAGCAAUAUCAUCUCUAUAGAGUGUGUUGUUGCUGGAACCAAUACAGGUCAUGAAAUGACAGGGCAGCAGGUAACAUGUGACAAACAGGCUGGUCUCCUCUGCUUCAACAGCAAACAGUCCAAUGGCCAGUGUCUGGAUUAUGCAGUCCGAUUCUUCUGUGACUGUGCUCAAUCCACACCCUACAACCCCGUGGUCACUACAUAUGCUGUAUACACUGGCUCCAAUGAGAUGACACCAUCUCUCAUUCCAUCAGCUAAACCGAGUGUCAGCCCAGUCGUUCAGAUAACAUCUGCUCCACCAAGCAUUGACCAUAGCGGAAUGCCAACAGCAAGUCCUAUACCAGGACAGAGUGGUAGCCCAUCAGCACAGCCACCAACAGGGCCAGGUGGUCAACCAACAGCCAGCCCAGGUGUAACAGGAAUGAGCGGUCUUCCAACCGCCAGUCCAAGUGCAGGGCAGAGCGGUCAACCAACAGCCAGUCCAAGUGCAGGGCAGGGUGGUCAACCAACAGCCAGCCCAGGUGUAACAGGAUUCAGCGGUCUUCCCACGGCCAGUCCAAGUGCAGGACAGAGUUUUAAGCCCACUGCCCUACCUCAAGUCGUAACAACUUGUGCAUCAUAUUGGUCUCAGUGGUUCAACCGUGACAAGCCUUCAACAGGUGGAGGGGACCAUGAGCAUGUUUCACACGAGGAUUUGAACAAUAAAUUUGCAUUCUGCUCUGGUGGGGAGAUUACCGACCUCCAAUGUUUCGGACUUGGCACACAAGCCUAUUCAUUCUCCACUGGAGAGGUCACACAAUGUGAUCUGAAGAAGGGAUUCACGUGUCUCAACGCCGAAAAUACACCACUAAACUGCCAAGACUACCAAAUUAGAUACUUCUGUCAAGUCUGUGCACUUGUACCAACUGCCGCCCCAAGCGCAGCUCCAAGUGGUCUUCCAACUACUUCCCCAGGAUUUCCAGGACAAAGUGGUCAGCCAACAGCCAGCCCAGUAACUGGGCAGAGUGGUCAACCAACAGCAAGCCCAAGUGCAGGACAGAGUGGUCUUCCAACAGCUACUCCAGGUGUUACAGGAAAGAGCGGUGUUCCAACAGCAAGUCCAAGUGCAGGACAGAGUGGUCAACCAACAGCUACUCCAGGUAUAGGGGAAAGUGGUCAGCCAACAGCCGGCCCACCAGGUGUUACAGGAAAGAGCGGUAUUCCAACAGCGAGUCCAAGUGCUCGACAGAGUGGUCUUCCAACAGCCGGCCCACCAGGUGUUGUAGGAAAGAGCGGUGUUCCAACAGCGAGUCCAAGUGCAGGACAGAGUGGUCUUCCAACAGCUACUCCAGGUGUUACAGGAAAGAGCGGUCAACCAACAGCCAGUCCAAGUGCAGGACAGAGUGGUCUUCCAACAGCUACUCCAGGUGUUACAGGAAAGAGCGGUAUUCCAACAGCGAGUCCAAGUGCAGGACAGAGUGGUCAACCAACAGCUAGUCCAGGUAUAGGGGAAAGUGGUCAGCCAACAGCCGGCCCACCAGGUGUUACAGGAAAGAGCGGUCAACCAACAGCCAGUCCAAGUGCAGGACAGAGUGGUCUUCCAACAGCCGGCCCACAAGGUGUUGUAGGAAAGAGCAGUGUUCCAACAGCGAGUCCAAGUGCAGGACAGAGUGGUCUUCCAACAGCUACUCCAGGUGUUACAGGAAAGAGCAGUAUUCCAACAGCGAGUCCAAGUGCAGGACAGAGUGGUCUUCCAACAGCCGGCCCACCAGGUGUUGUAGGAAAGAGCAGUGUUCCAACAGCGAGUCCAAGUGCAGGACAGAGUGGUCUUCCAACAGCUACUCCAGGUGUUGCAGGAAAGAGCGGUAUUCCAACAGCGAGUCCAAGUGCAGGACAGAGUGGUCUUCCAACAGCCGGCCCACCAGGUGUUGUAGGAAAGAGCAGUGUUCCAACAGCGAGUCCAACUGCAGGACAGAGUGGUCUUCCAACAGCUACUCCAGGUGUUGCAGGAAAGAGCGGUAUUCCAACAGCGAGUCCAAGUGCAGGACAGAGUGGUCAACCAACAGCUAGUCCAGGUAUAGGGGAAAGUGGUCAGCCAACAGCCGGCCCACCAGGUGUUACAGGAAAGAGCGGUCAACCAACAGCCAGUCCAAGUGCAGGACAGAGCGGUCUUCCCACAGCUAUUCCAGGUAUAGGGGAAAGUGGUCAGCCAACAGCCGGCCCACCAGGUGUUACAGGAAAGAGCGGUGUUCCAACAGCCAGUCCAAGUGCAGGACAGAGUGGUCUGCCUACAGCAUCUCCUAGUGGUGGAGUCAGUGGUCAGCCAACGCCUGGACCAGACCAUGCUAUCAACAAUUCCCCAAGUGCCAAGCCACACACUGUGGUCCCAACAGCUUCCCCGUCAUAUCUGCCUGUUACCAAGACAACAGCUAUAUACACUACUUCUGAAAACACAAUUACCAUCACAAAGAAAGUGUGUGACAUCCCAAUGGGCACUGGAAAUCGUGAUCUUUUUGGAAGGGACCAGUUUUCUUCUUCCACAUCUUUCGACUACAGUUUUGAGGCAGAUAGGGGACGUUUGGAUACAGCCAAAGAAGGAAACCUUGCAGGAGCAUGGAUGCCAAGAAUGAACGACAAAGAGCAAUGGAUACAAGUUGACCUCAAACAUCCUGAGUUCAUCACUGGAGUGGUAACACAGGGACGACCAUCCAUGGAUCACUGGGUCACAAAAUACACUGUCCUUACCAGUAUAGAUGGAAUUGACUUUACUCCUUACACCAGGAGUGGGGAAACGGCCACAGUUGUAUUCAAUGGCAAUUCAGACAGAAAUACUCAGGUCAGAGGUUUGUUUGACAGGGAAAUAAUUGCCAGAUAUGUUAGAAUCCAGCCCCAGGAAUGGAAUGGCAUGAUUGCUCUCCGUUUUGAUAUUCUAUCAUGCUCAGGGCUCACAAGUGGACCAGCCACUAUUGCCCCACCUGGUGUCUCUGGAAGUCCAACUGCUGUCCCACCAGGUGUCACUGGUAGCCGAACUGCCGUCCCACCAGGUGUCUCUGGAAGCCCAACUGCCGUCCCACAAGGUGUCACUGGUAGCCGAACUGCCGUCCCACCAGGUGUCUCUGGAAGCCCAACUGCCGUCCCACCAGGUGUCUCUGGAAGCCCAACUCCUUCACCCAAGGCUGGAAUCUCUGGAAUUCCAACUCCCAAGACUGGAAUCUCAGGAAGCACAACUGCCGUUCCACCAGGUGUCUCCGGUAGCCUAACCGCCGUCCCACCAGGUGUCUCUGGAAGCCCAACUGCCGUCCCACCAGGUGUCUCUGGAAGCCCAACUGCCGUCCCACCAGGUGUCUCUGGAAGCCCAACUGCUUCACCCAAGACUGGAAUCUCCGGAAGUCCAACCGCCGUCCCACCAGGUGUCUCUGGAAGCCCAACUGCCGUCCCACCAGGUGUCUCUGGAAGCCCAACUCCUUCACCCAAGGCUGGAAUCUCUGGAAUUCCAACUCCCAAGACUGGAAUCUCAGGAAGCACAACUGCCGUUCCACCAGGUGUCUCUGAAAGUCCAACUGCCGUCCAACCAGGUGUCUCCGGUAGCCUAACCGCCGUCCCACAAGGUGUCUCUGGAAGCCCAACUGCCGUCCCACCAGGUGUCUCUGGAAGCCCAACUGCCGUCCCACCAGGUGUCUCUGGAAGCCCAACUGCUUCACCCAAGACUGGAAUCUCCGGAAGUCCAACCGCCGUCCCACCAGGUGUCUCUGGAAGCCCAACUGCCGUCCCACCAGGUAUCUCUGGAAGUCCAACUGCCCGCCCCCCAGGUGUCUCUGGAAGCCCAACUGCCGUCCCACCAGGUGUCUCUGGAAGUCCAACUGCAGUCCCACCAGGUGUCUCUGGAAGCCCAACUGCCGUCCCACCAGGUGUCUCUGGAAGUCCAACCGCCGUCCCACCAGGUGUCUCUGGAAGCCCAACUGCCGUCCCACCAGGUGUCUCUGGAAGCCCAACUGCUUCACCCAAGACUGGAAUCUCCGGAAGCCCAACUGCCAUCCCACCAGGUGUCUCUGGAAGCCCAACUGCCGUCCCACCAGGUGUCUCUGGAAGCCCAACUGCUGUCCCACCAGGAGUGUCGUCCGGUGUCGUGUGCAGUCAACCAAUGGGAAUAGACAACGCAUUAACUGUCAAGGACACUCAGAUCACAGCAUCAGGAUUUAGUGGCAACAGAUUCACUGCUCCUGCUGGACGUCUCUUCAACGAAUUUGGAGCAUGGUCACCUAAAGUCAACAACGGUGACCAGUGGAUAAUGGUGAAUUUCCUGAAGCCACAGGUCAUCAAUGGUAUCUUGACCCAAGGAAGCCCCAUCAGUGACAAAUGGGUUACACAAUUCAUCGUGUCAUACAGUACGGACGGCUUCACCUUCAUUCCUAUUAAAGACUCGGCGACAGGGAAGAGUAUGAUCUUUACUGGCAACAGCGACCGGAACACCAUCAUGAAGAACAUCUUCCCUCAACAGGUGACUGUUCAAUACAUCAAGAUCACUCCCGUCGCCUGGUCCCAAGCUGGCAUUGGAAUGCGUUUCAAUAUGCUUGGCUGCUACAAGCCAAGUAUUACACCCACAGCGACUCCUACGGCCAAGCCAACAGUUGCCCCUGAGUUCACUGUGACAACCGGAGUUACUAUGCCCGAGCCAUCACCGGUGUCAACGCUGGAACCUGUCUGCACUGUUCCAAUGGGAGUGGAAAACUACAGGAUUGUUGGUGAAAGUCAGUUGACUGCUUCAUCAGAGAAGGACAAGGCACAUGGUUCAAUCUAUGCACGAAUCAACCAAGGAACGGAUGAAUUUGCUGGAUCCUGGGUCCCAGCACCCACAGAUAAGACACCUUGGAUUCAGGUAGAUUUUCUGGAGCCCAAAACUAUCUCUGGCGUCAUAACCCAGGGAUCUGGAAAGGACAACGGUUGGGUUGAGACCUACACAGUCAGAUACAGCUUCGAUGGCAAAACUUUCACUGACUACACUGGCACUGGAGGCAAGCCCGCCAAGGUGUUCAAUGGCAACUCUGACUCCAAAACUCCAGUUCCUGUCCUUUUCAACAGAGAUAUCAUUGCACGUUUCGUCCGUAUUGUUCCAGUGACGUCUCAUGGAGUGACAUCCCUCAGGUUCAACAUCCUCGGCUGCAAUCCAUCCCCAGCUAAUCCAUUAAUACCAACGACAGCUGGACCAGGAACUCCAACAGCUAGUCCACCACUCGGUGGACAGAGCGGUGUACCCACAGCAAGUCCCCCUACAUCAUCCUGCAAAACCAGCCACUGGACCCCAUGGAUCAACAAGGACACGCCUGAUACUGGUAAAGGAGACUAUGAGAAGAUCACACCAGAACAGCAACAACAGUACUGCUCUGGUGGGAAACUCACAAAGAUUGACUGUCAAACAGUAGAUGAUAUUGAAUAUUUCAGCAGUGGAGAAGUCAUGAAGUGCUUACUGACAACCGGGUCAACUUGCAAUAAUGCUGACAACAUGCCCAUACCAUGCAGUGACUACAAGAUCCGCUACUUCUGUGAGUGCCUUGCCCCUACAGCCAGUCCAGUUCCUGGGCAAAGUAGUCAGCCAACAGCUAGCCCAGGCAUUGAACAGAGUCUUUUGCCAACAGCCAGCCCAGUCCCUGAAGUCACGACACAAUCAGUGUGUCUCAUCCCAAUGGGUAUCGAAAACUCCUACUUUGUCAGCAACAGCCAGCUCACAUCUUCAUCAUCUCUUGAUGCCAAACAUUCUGCAUCAGUAGGACGUUUAUACAACACCAAGGGAGCAUGGAGCCCAUCAUCAAAUGAAAAGCAAUGGCUUCAAGUGAAUUUCCUGAAACCAACUCUUAUCUCUGGAGUGAUGACACAAGGUAGUCCCGAAGCUCCUAAAUGGGUUACGAAAUACAAUGUCUUCCUUGGAUUUAACGGGAACGACUUUUUCCCAUACACAACUAUCCCUGGAGAGUCAACACCAGCCAUUUUUGAAGGUAACAUGGAUAAAAGCACACCCAUUAGGAACCUCUUCAACCGUGACAUCACUGCACAGUAUGUCCGCAUCGUUCCAGUGGAGUGGUCAAAGGAUGGCAUUGCCAUGCGAUUCAAUAUCCUUGGAUGCACACCACCAGAGCCCAAGCCACAAACACCUGUUCCUGGUGUUCCAACAGCCUCACCUCCUAGUGGACAGUCUACGCCAGGACCCUUCCUCAAAUGUGAUGUUCCCAUGGGAAUCCAAAACCCCGGUCUCAUUGGUGACAGACAACUCACAGCAUCUUCCUCCCUCAACGAGUUCACCGGUGCCGAGCGCGCACGGCCCUAUACUCAGAAGGAUGGAUCUUAUUCGGGAGGAUGGAUUCCAAAAUACACAGAUACCAAACAGUGGAUCGAGGUUGACUUCGGUGCAAGCUAUGCAAUAGCGGGGGUUUCUACUCAAGGACGAUCUGAUGGUGCAACUUGGGUGACCAAGUACGAGGUCUACUACAGCAACGAUGGGCGUACGUUCAACGCAAUCUACCCUGCUCCAACAGACACAGUUCCACGUGUAUUCGAGGGUAACUUUGAUCGUAACACCCCACUCAUGAACGUCUUCGCUGAAAUCAAUGCACGUUUCAUAAGAAUCCGACCAGUGGAAUGGCAUGAAGCUAUCGGAAUGAGGUUCAAUGUCUACGGAUGCCAGCUUCCUUCUGCCACCCCAUCCGUACCAACUGGACUGACAGUGCCAACAGCUAUUCCAACAGCUAUUCCAACAGCUGGUCCCACAGUCGGACCUGUUUUCACGACCGCCCCAUCUACCUCCUCCUGCAUGUACUGGACACCCUGGGUCAACUCCAACACUCCAGAUACCAACGGCGAGUAUGAGUCGUUCUGGGACAUGAUGACCGUAGUGAAGAUCUGUGACACCAAGUACGUCAAGAAAAUGGAAUGUAGAACAGCUGCUGCCAAAAUACCGUUUGACCAGACUGGAGAAACAGGAGUCAUGUGUAACCUUGACACCAAAUCCCUUGUCUGUAUGAACACCGACCAGAAAGGAGGCAAAACUUGCUCCGACUAUGAAAUAAGAGUCUUCUGUGAUGAAUGCAGCAAGCCUACAGCAGCCCCAUCAGCAAAUCCUAGCAUCCCCACUGCUGUCCCCAAGACAUGUGACAACAAGUGGUCCGACUGGAUCAACAGACACGAACCUGAUGCUGUCGGUGAGACUGAAAAGGUGACGAAAGAAGACCUUGACAGACACUGCGCUGGUGGCUCUGUAGGGGAGGUCGAGUGCGACACAGUUUCGGACAACAUGGCUUACUAUCUCAGUGGUGAUAUUGUCAAAUGUGAUGCUCAAACUGGACUAUCCUGCAAGCACAGUGACAACACACCAAUGAAGUGUCAUGACUACAAACUUAGAUUCAAGUGCAAGUGUGAGAGUACACCAACAGCCAAACCUCCAACAUCUGGCACAGAGGUUCCUUCUGCGGCCACCUGUACAACUAGUCAGUGGAGUUCUUGGAUCAACCAGGACAAACCUGGCGUUGGUGGAGGAGACUACGAGAAGAUCACACCAGAGCUGCAGAAACAAUACUGCUCUGGAGGAACACUCACCAAGAUUGAGUGCAUGACAGUCGAUGGUAUCGAAUACUACAGCAGCGGUGAAGUAAUGCAGUGUACAAUGGCAGGUGGAUCCACUUGCAACAAUGCUGAUAAUUUCCCAAUGCCUUGCAGUGAUUACAAGAUCCGAUACUUCUGUGACUGUACGACAUCAGUAACCACCGGAGCUCCAGGAAUCGGAGGAAGUGUCACACCAACUGCCAGCCCCGCAAUUGGUGGAAGUGGCACACCAACUGCUAGCCCCGGAAUUGGAGAAAGUGGUACACCAACUGCCAGCCCCGGAAUUGGAGGAAGUGGUACACCAACUGCCAGCCCUGGAAUUGGAGGAAGCGGCACACCAACUGCCAGCCCCGGAAUUGGAGGAAGCGGCACACCAACUGCUAGCCCCGGAAUUGGAGGAAGUGGUACACCAACUGCCAGUCCCGGAAUUGGGGGAAGCGGCACACCAACUGCCAGCCCUGGAAUUGGAGGAAGUGGUACACCAACGUCAGCUCCUGGGACAACAUCUUGCACAAAGUCGCAAUGGACCCCUUGGGUGAACAAUGACAAACCCACAACUGGAGAGGGCGACCAUGAGAUACUAACAGGAAGCCAAAUGUCUCAGUAUUGUGCUGGAGGAAGGCUUGCCAAGAUAGAAUGUAGAACAACCGAUGGCAUAGAAUAUUACAGCAGCGGGGACAUUAUGACGUGUGAUCUUUCUAAUGGUGCUCUCUGUAAGAAUCAGGACAAUUUUCCAAUCAAGUGCAGUGAUUAUGAGGCUCGUUACUACUGUGACUGCCCUAAACCAACAGCUAGCCCUGUACCCGCCCAAACAAGCCUUCCAACAGCCACACCACCACCAUCUGGCACAGGUGUUCCUUCUGCUGGUCCUGAAAUACAGUGUACCAACAGCAAGUGGUCUUCGUGGAUCAACAGAGAUAAUCCAAAUGUUGGGGAUGGCGAUUAUGAAUCAAUGACAUCUGAUGAGUUAACCAAAUUGUGUCCAGGAGGAAAAAUUACUGAAGUCAAAUGUGAAACUGUUGAUGAUAUCCCGUCCUACAGUAGUGGUGAAAUUAUGACCUGCGACAAAAAACAAGGUGUCAUCUGUAGAAAUGAAGACAACUUCCCAAUGCCAUGUAGUGACUACAAGAUCAUAUACUACUGCCAAUGUGCACCAACUGCUUCACCCCCUACAGGUACAGCAGGUACACCAACACCCAGCCCCAUCUUAGGACAAACUGGUGGUCAUCCCACAGCCAUGCGAGUUGUUACAGGAAAGAGCGGUGUUCCAACAGCCAUUCCAAGUGCAGGACAGAGUGGUCUUCCAACAGCCAGCCCAGGUGUUACAGGACUAAGUGGUCAGCCAACAGCCAGUCCAAGUGCAGGACAGAGUGGCCUUCACACAGCCAGCCCAGGCGUUACAGGAGAGAGUGGUGUUCCAACAGCCAGUCCAAGUGCCGGAUUGAGUCGUCAACCAACAGCAGUCCCCACUGUCACAUCUUGUUCCCAAAGUCAUUUCUCCAACUGGGUGAACAGAGACUUGCCAGAGUCAGGAAAUGGAGACCAUGAAUUCAUGACUCCUGAUGAGUUGUCUUCAUUCUGUAAGGGAGGCCAGAUUACCAAGAUUGAAUGUUAUACUAACGAUAUCCCAUCCUACAGCUCUGGAGAACUCUUAACUUGCGACCUGAAGAAUGGCCUCACUUGCAACAACGCAGACAAUGCCCCAGUGCCAUGCUCCGACUACAAGGUCCGCUAUUUCUGCGACUGUAGUGGAACUCCGCAGGUGACAUUAACACCACCCAACAAGAUGCUUGCUAUCCGAUGUGACUGGUCUCCGUGGAUCAACAUUGACACUCCAGACUCAGGCCAUGGUGACAUGGAAACCAUUGACUCCAUCAAGACUAAGCAUGGCGUCUGCAAGAACAUGAAGCAGAUCGAGUGCAGAAUUGCUGGCACAAACACGAUGUCAAGUGCGGCUGGUCAGAGCAGAGUCACCUGUGAUGUGGACAAUGGUCUUCGUUGCUACAACAACGAGCAGCUGUCUUCCAAGUGUUACGACUAUGAAGUUAGGGUUCUCUGUUGGGAAGACACAUGCAAGGGUCCAAUACCAACUGCAGGUCCAACAGGUGCUCCCCACAUCCACACUACAGGCGUCGUCCACGUGUCAACUCAUGUCACAGGCAGUUCAUACAUACACACGACCGUUGCUCCCCUGGAGAGAACGACGACUGCUGUGUGUCCUCCUGGAGAGAUGUGGAAUGCCUGUGCUCACACCUGUGACCAACUCUGCAACGCUGUGUCUGGGGAUAUCUGUGACGGCACAAACCCUCAACAAUGUGUUCCAGGCUGCAAAGAUGAGACAAUCACCGUUCCUAAAUGUGCUGAUGGCGAGAGACUCAAUUACAAUGGCCAAUGUCUGAAGGCAGAGCUCUGCCCAUGCAAGAAACCAGAUGGUACAAUUGCUAAGCCCUUCGAGUUCUACAAGAACCCACUUGAUGAGUGUUCAAUGUGCCACUGCUUCAACAAUGCUGAAGCCUGCACAAAGGAUGAAAGCUGCGUCCCUACAGCAGGACCGUCUGUUCAGCCAACCAUUCAACCAGAAUGUCAUUGGACCAACUGGAUCAACGUUGACAAGCCAACAACUGGCGAUGGUGAUAUAGAAUCGAUUCUGAAGCUGAGAACCACCAACUCCUUCUGUGCUCAUCCACUGAGCAUUGAAUGCCGUGAAGUAUCCACUAAGACUACAGCAAUGGAGUAUGGACAGAAGGUAUCCUGUGACCUCACAACUGGUUUCACCUGCUACAACUGGGAGAACAGUGGCAAAUGCGGGGACUACGAGGUCCGCUUCUAUUGUCCAUGUGCAUCAACCGUAUCUCCAUCAACUAGACCAUCAGGACUCCCAACUGCCUCCCCAAGCGGACAAUCUGGACUCCCAACUGCCUCCCCAAGCGGACAAUCUGGUCAACCAACUGCCUCCCCAAGCGGACAAAGCGGCCAGCCAACUGCCUCCCCAAGCGGACAAUCUGGUCAACCAACUGCCUCCCCAAGCGGACAAACCGGCCAGCCAACUGCCUCCCCAAGCGGACAAUCUGGUCAACCAACUGCCUCCCCAAGCGGACAAACCGGCCAGCCAACUGCCUCCCCAAGCGGACAAUCUGGUCAACCAACUGCCUCCCCAAGCGGACAAUCUGGUCAACCAACUGCCUCCCCAAGCGGACAAACCGGCCAGCCAACUGCCUCCCCAAGCGGACAAUCUGGUCAACCAACUGCCUCCCCAAGCGGACAAACCGGCCAGCCAACUGCCUCCCCAAGCGGACAAUCUGGUCAACCAACAGUUUCACCUCCAUUCUGUGGAUGGUCGGCGUGGACUAACUCUGAUCAUCCCGAUGUUAUUGUUCCCAAUAAGCCAUUCGAAGGUGAUAUCGAAUCAAUUGCUUCUCUUAUGACCAAAACCACCGUCUGCAGUCACGAUAUGAUGAAGCGGGUUGAAUGCAGAGUAGCAGGUACCAAACAGAUGGCAUCUGCGGCUGGUCAGUCGAUCACGUGUGAUGCAAUACGUGGUCUCCGGUGUAACAAUCUGAAACAAAUUGAUGGAAAGUGUCUUGACUACGAAAUGAGAGUGUUCUGCGACUGUUCCACUUUACCUACUGCACAGCCAAGCAUUGGACCAAGUGGCCUCCCAACAGCCAGCCCAAGUGCAGGACAGAGUGGUGUUCCCACAGCAAGUCCAGGUGUUACAGGAAAGAGCGGUCAACCAACAGCCAGUCCAAGUGCAGGACAGAGUGGUCUUCCCACAGCCAGCCCAGGUGUUACGGGAAAGAGCGGUGUUCCAACAGCCAGUCCAAGUGUUACAGGAAAGAGCGGUCAACCAACAGCCAGUCCAAGUGCAGGACAGAGUAGUCUUCCCACAGCCAGCCCAGGUGUUACGGGAAAGAGCGGUGUUCCAACAGCCAGUCCAAGUGCAGGACAAAGCGGUCUUCCCACUAUCACCCCAGGUAUAGGACAGACUGGUCUUCCAACUGCGGUGCCAACUGUCUGCGGAUGGACAAAGUGGAUGAAUAGUAACACACCUGACAAUACUGGUGAAAUGGAAUUGCUUGCAAAUCUCAGACAACAGUUCCAAUUUUGCCACACUGAAGAUAUCACAGCUUUAGAAUGCAGAGACAGCAACACACAUAAAUCCGCCUCGGAAUCUGGCCAGGUUGGUGUAACAUGCGAUAUGAAAUACAGCGGUCUUAUGUGCAGUAACACUAAGCAGAUGGUAGGAGGCACAUGUUUUGAUUAUGAAGUAAGAGUGUUGUGUGAGCCAAAGGGUGUUGAUUGUUCUAAAGUACCAACAGCCAGUCCGACCGUAGGACAGAGUGGCCUUCCAACUGCCAGCCCAGUAGUAGGACAGACUGGUCUCCCCACGGGUACACCAAGUAUUCUUGGACAACCAUCAGUCAGCCCUAGUGCAGCACAGAGCGGCCUCCCAACAGCCAGUCCUAGUGCAGGACAGAGCGGACUUCCAACAGCCAGUCAAGGUGUAACAGGAAAGAGCGGUGUUCCAACAGCCAGUCCAAGUGCAGGACAGAGUGGUCUGCCUACAGCAUCUCCUAGUGGUGGAGUCAGUGGUCAGCCAACAGCUAGUCCAGGUGUAACACGAAAGAGCGGUCAACCAACAGCCAGUCCUAGUGCAGGACAGAGUGGUCAGCCAACAGUCAGUCCAGGUGUAACAGGAAAGAGCGGUGUUCCAACAGCCAGUCCAAGUGCAGGACAGAGUGGUCAGCCAACCGUUAGUCCAGGUGUAACAGGAAAGAGCGGUGUUCCGACAGCCAGUCCAAGUGCAGGACAGAGUGGUCUUCCAACAGCUAGUCCAGGUGUUACAGGAAAGAGCGGUGUUCCAACAGCAAGUCCAAGUGCAGGACAGAGUGGUCAACCAACAGCUACUCCAGUUAUAGGGGAAAGUGGUCAGCCAACAGCCGGCCCACCAGGUGUUACAGGAAAGAGCGGUCAACCAACAGCCAGUCCAAGUGCAGGACAGAGUGGUCUUCCAACAGCCGGUCCACCAGGUGUUGUAGGAAAGAGCGGUGUUCCAACAGCUACUCCAGGUGUUACAGGAAAGAGCGGUAUUCCAACAGCGAGUCCAAGUGCAGGACAGAGUGGUCAACCAACAGCUAGUCCAGGUAUAGGGGAAAGUGGUCAGCCAACAGCCGGCCCACCAGGUGUAACAGGAAAGAGCGGUGUUCCAACAGCCAGUCCAAGUGCAGGACAGAGUGGUCUUCCAACAGCUACUCCAGGUGUUACAGGAAAGAGCGGUAUUCCAACAGCGAGUCCAAGUGCAGGACAGAGUGGUCUGCCCACAGCUAUUCCAGGUGUAACACAAAAGAGCGGUCAACCAACAGCCAGUCCAAGUGCAGGACAGAGUGGUCAGCCAACAGCUACUCCAGGCUUAGGGGAAAGUGGUCAGCCAACAGCCAGUCCAAGUGCAGGACAGAGUGGUCAGCCAACCGCUAGUCCAGGUGUAACAGGAACGAGCGGUGUUCCAACAGCCAGUCCAGUUGCAGGACAGAGUGGUCAGCCAACAGCCAGUCCAAGUGCAGGACAGAGUGGUCUCCCAACAGCCAGUCCAGUGUUUGGAUCAUCAUCCAGUGUAGCCCCAGGCAUGCAGACAACAGCAGUUGUUAGCCAAACCACAACACCUGUGCUUAUCUGCCCUAAUCCAAUGACCAACACUGCUGCGCUUGAAGUUCCGGACAAUCAUCUUAGUGCAUCCUCCAGCCUCUCUGAGUAUGCAGGACCACAGAGAUCUAAUAUUGAUGCAGUUUCCGAUAAAGUCAACAUCGGAGCUUGGAUGCCCAAGACAAUGGACAAAGGACAAUGGAUUGAAGCCAGAUUUGACCACCCUGAAUAUAUCAAUGCUAUUAUCACCAAAGGACGGGAAGGAUCAUCCCAAUGGGUGAAGGCAUUCAUGAUCGCUUACUCAAUCGAUGGCAAGACCUUCCAAUACUAUGAAAAGUCUGCUGGCUCUCCUAAGAUCUUCAACGGAAACUUUGAUGGCGACAGUGCAGUGAGAACAGUGUUGACACCAAUUGUUGCUAGGUAUAUCAGAAUCCAGCCAGUUAUGUGGGAAGGUGCAAUCGCUCUCAGAUUCAGCAUCAUUGGCUGCAGGGCUCCCGAGGAAGUACUUCCUACCCUGGUGCCCUCUGCUGGUCCUUCAGUAAGUCCUACUGCUGCGCCCCAACAGUCCUGUGUGACAAGCACCUGGUCAGCCUGGGUCAACACCAACAGGGCCACAGAUGGACAACAUGAGUUCAUGACCGAUCAGCAGCUCACUGAAUUCUGUCCCAGUGGUAAGGUCGACAAGGUGGAAUGUGAGACUGUUGAUGAGAUUCCAUCCUACAGUACUGGAGAGAUUGUGCAGUGUACAGUUGAAAAAGGUCUCGUCUGUAAAGACGGAGACAACGCCCCCAUCCCCUGCAGUGAUUACAGAGUCAGAUACCACUGCGACUGCUCCGGCGUACCAACAGCUAGCCCAGGUCAAACCGGAAGUGGCCUCCCAACUGCAACCCCAGGACAAGCCGUAAGUGGAACCCCAACAGCAAGUCCCGGAGUUCAACUGACAGCAAGCCCAACACCAAACAUACCAGCUGGAUGCAGAGAAGAAAUGGGUAUGGCAAACGGCAUCAUCCGCAACGACAUGAUCUCCGCCUCCUCCUACCGCGACGGCCUUCACUCCGCCAUCAGUGCACGUCUUGGAGGAAACAGUGCCUGGUUGGCCGCCACUGAGAACAAGAACCAGUACAUCCAGGUCGACUUCCUUGCUCCAAGGAUCAUUACCGGGGUCACCACUCAGGGCCGCCCGACGGCUCCCAGCUACGUGACCUCCUACAAGGUGUUCUACUCCUACGACGGUGCCAACUGGAAUGCCUACAGAGAGACCAAGGGAGAGGAUAUGAUGUUCUCCGGCAACUUCGACAACGUGACUCCUGUGACCAACACCUUCAUGACGCCAAUCCGAGCCCGCUAUAUCAGGAUUAGCCCUCAGACAUGGAGCGGCAUGAUCGCCCUGAGGUUCGAGAUCCACGGAUGCUUCGAGAGCUACCCAACCAUGUCGCCUACACCAGUGAACCCCCUCAAACCAACAGCCUCGCCCCUGCCGGGCAGUUCCUCCACCGCUGUACCCCCACAAGUCCAAACAGUCACACCCUUCCUUCCAGCCGGAUGUGUUACCUGGGACAAAUGGAUCGAUCUUGGCCACGUGACUCUUACAUCUAAUGGCGACCGCGAGCCAAUCGAGGAGGUGAUGAAGGCAUCAUUAACAUGUCAGCAGCCCAUGAGCAUCGAGUGCCGAACCGCCACCCCCGACCACACCGCUUCCGGCGAGACGGGUCAGAAGGUUACCUGUAAUCUGUGGGAAGGUCUCGUCUGUAACAACGCUGACCAGAAGGAACCUAUGUGCUUUAACUAUGAAGUCAGACUUGGCUGUCUGAAACAGACCCCAGAAUGCUUGUCUAAGAUUCCCACCGCAACACCCACCGCCGGCCCAUCCGUCUCUCCCCCCAUCAAUGUCAUCCCCUGCUACACAGGAAUGGACCUGAGUCAGUGCCCCAAGGAGGGAUGCUCCAACGGCUACUACUGCGACGGAGUCCAGUGUGUCAAGAAGGCCGAGUGUCCGUGCAUGAUUGAUGGUCAAGUUGUCCUGCCUGGUCGAAUCACCCAAAACAGCAACUGUGACACCUGCCAGUGUGUCCAUGGAGAGGUCAAAUGUCUGCCCAAGACCUGCUCACCCUGCAAAGAGGGUCUCUCAACCGUUUUGGAUAAGGAUACAUGCGAGUGCGAGUGUGAGACAUGCGCAACUGGAGACUUCCGUUGUGGAAAUGGCCAAUGCAUCCCUCACUCUGCCAGAUGUGAUGGUGUCGCCGACUGUAUCACUGAUGAGUUCGAAUGCAUGUCCACCCCUAUCUUCACACUGCCGAGCACCCCGACACCGUCACCAACAAUGCCAGGAACAGCUGCGCCCAAGUUGACAACAAGUCAUUUCAACGACAUUAUCACGCCACCUGUCAAGAUUGUGACAACAGGCAUUGUGCCCAACACCACCGUCCACCUACCACCACACGUGCCUACUCCAACUGCCUGUGUCGAUGUCAAGUGUUCUCCCCUUGUUCAGCCUCCACUGAACCAGGGUGAGGUCGCCAAGGUCAUCAAGAGCCCGGAUAGUUGCUGUGAGGAGUAUCUGGUUGUCUGCGAGCCACGUCAAUGCCCAACCAUCUCCAAGGAUUGCAUGAAGCCCGAGGUCCUCACCAUGGUCGACAGCGGCGAGAGGUGUUGCCCGGAGUACACUUGUGUGUGUCCACCAAAGUGUCCAGUUCCUGCACAACCACCAUGUGCUUUCGGAUCCCAGGUCGUGGACAUCUUUGGUGGCUGCAACUGCACAACCAAGGCAUGUGUUGCCGGCACUUCGAGUCCCUUCCCCGUGGUGACCACGGCCGUCACCAUCCCCGUCUGCAGAUACUCAAUGACCAAGGUGGUGACCAAUGGUAAGGAGGUGGACCGCCCCAGGCCAGUCGAGGUGACCCACACUGUUGGUCAGCAAUGGGCGGAUGGCCUGUGCAAGACCUGCCAGUGUGUCAACACCACCAGCGGUACUGCAGAAACAACAUGCCAUGAACAACAGUGUUCUGCUUGCAAACUGGGAGAGGAGAGACGCACCACCGACGGCACCUGCUGUGGUGAAUGUAUGAAGACUGGUUGCGUUGACAACGGCAAAGUUUACAAACAAGGGGAGAAGAUCCCAUCUUCUAUGAAGUGUUUCGAGAAGAUGUGUACAGUGGACAUAAUGACGGGCGACUUCAUCCUCCAGCAGACCCAAAUACAGUGUGAAAGUAUCGACAAGUUGCCCGUGUGCACAGGAAGCGAAAAGGCCUACGAUUCUACUGGAUGUUGUCUCAGAUGCGUGCCUACAGAUAUGGUGCCAACCAACUCCUCCAACUCGGUAUGCCAGAGUUGCACUCCCAGACUGAUGUUCGGACAAGUCCAGCAAUCCAUUGGCUUCUUCAAGGUCAAUGACGAGGGUGAGGUUUGCUCUAACGUGGAGCCAAUCCCAGAGCUCAAGGAAUGUGCAGGAUAUUGUGGCUCUACUUCAAGUUACACCUCACUCAUGCGCGGCUUCGACAACAAAUGCCUAUGUUGCCAGCCAGCCAAGACGGUAGCCAAGUCUGUCCAGCUUGUUUGCGGUACUGGCAGGAAGAUCACCAAGACCUACAACGUACCGGAAACAUGUGGCUGCAGCGCAUGCUCAAAUGGAGCAUAAUCUCAAACCCACUUCCGCUUCCGGCCUGUGAAAGUGAGGUGCAAUCCUUACCAUUCCCGUGUGACAACUUGACAUAAAUGUAAAAACUAUUUAUUUAUGAACCUGUGAUUACAAUGCUCAAAAUGAUUUAUGUUUAAGUUUUAGUCUCAAAAUGAAACUGUACAUAUAUAUGUUAUACGUUUUCUGGAAUGUGCAAUGUUCUGAACCGUUUACCUGAACAACACAGGUUGACACAUUAAGUUGUUAAUUUUUUUACCAAUGAAUAUAACUGAAUGUCUUACUAAUGAUAUGUGCACUUUGUUUCAAGAUGUUAUACGCUUAUUUAUUGCAAAAUCAUGGUGAGGAAGUCAAUAAAAGCAAUAUUAAUUUACAAAA